GUUCCCGCUUUCAGAUUUGGCGCCAAUCCUCACCCCCCCUCCAAGCAUUUUUGGUACUGCGGAAGCCCUAACUGCACAAUCAACUAGGGUUUUGAAGACGAUGGCUCUGCGUUGCCAAAUACCAUAGGAACCAUAUGCCCUAAGCAAUGGCCGAACGUUCUGCUAAACGCAUCAAGCUUACAAGAGGUGAGGAUGAUUACUUGCCCGGAAACAUAAUCGAGAUUGAACUGAAUAAUUUCAUGACCUUUGAUCACUUGAAAUGCAAGCCCCAUUCACGUCUAAACGUUGUAGUUGGACCAAAUGGAUCGGGGAAAAGUUCGCUCGUUUGCGCUAUUUCUCUCGGCCUUGGUGGUGAGCCUCAGCUUCUUGGAAGGGCUUCUAGUAUUGGAGCUUUUGUGAAGCGUGGAGAGGAGUCUGGUUAUAUUAAGAUUUCAUUGAGGGGCGACACUAUAGAGGAGCAGAUCGUUAUUACAAGGAAAAUAGAUAUACGCAACAAAUCUGAGUGGCUGUUGAAUGGCAAGGCAGUUCCAAAGAAAGACAUAAAUGAAAUAAGUCAAAGGUUCAACAUCCAAGUCAACAAUUUGACUCAAUUCUUACCUCAAGACCGGGUCUGUGAAUUUGCUAAGCUAACUCCUGUACAACUUCUAGAAGAGACUGAAAAGGCUGUUGGUGAUCCUCAGUUACCUCUUCAACAUCAUGCUCUUGUCAAUAAAAGCCGUGAGCUGAAGAAACUUGAAGUUACUGUGAAGGCAAAUGGAGAUACCUUGAAUCAGCUGAAGGCACUCAAUGCUGAACAAGAAAAAGAUGUGGAGCGUGUCCGUCAAAGAGAAGAACUGCUUGCAAAGGUUAAGGCCAUGAAAAAGAAAUUACCUUGGCUUAGGUAUGAUAUGAAAAAGGCUGAAUACAUGGAAGCAAAAGCACGGGAGAGUGAUGCCAAAAAAAAGCUGGAUGAAGCUGCUAAGAUUUUAAAUGAUCUCAAAGAACCUGUAGAGAAACAGAAGGAAGUGAAGUUAAAACAAGAAGCUGCUUGUAAAAAAGUAAGCAAUCUUAUAAGUAACAACAACAAUAAACGUAUGGAAAUCCUAGACACAGAAAGCCGUUUGGGGGUGCAAAUACAAGGAAAAUAUGAAGAAAUGAAAGACUUAAGAAAGCAAGAGUAUUCUCGUCAAGAAAGAAUCUCUAGAGCUAAAGAUGAACUUGCUGCUUCUCUGUCAGAACUUGAAAGCUUGCCUACCUAUGAGCCUCCCAGGGAUGAACUGGAUAGAUUAGCUACUCAAAUAAAGGAGCUGCAAGUAUCUGCAAUUCAGAAAAGAAACCAGAAGUCAGAAAAGGAAAAACUUAUACAUCAGAAGAAGGUUUCUCUUAGACAGUGCUUAGACAAAUUGAGAGAUAUGGAGAAUAUGACUAAUAAACUUUUACAGGCUUUACAAAAUUCAGGAUCUGAAAAUAUUUUUCAGGCUUAUCAAUGGUUACAGGAACAUCGUCAUGAAUUAAACAAGGAAGUUUAUGGUCCUGUCCUUAUUGAGGUUAAUGUUUCAAGUCGUACUCAUGCAGCUUACCUAGAAAGCCAUGUUCCUUAUUAUGCAUGGAGGUCCUUUGUUACUCAGGAUGCUGCUGAUAGAGACAUGCUAGUCAAAAGCUUGAGCUCAUUUGGUGUUCCAGUUUUAAAUUAUGUAGGGGAUGGAGGCAGUAAUAAAGUACCAUUUGAAAUUUCUGAGGAGAUGGACAAGCUGGGCAUCAAUUCCAGGCUUGACCAAGUUUUUGAUGCUCCUACUGCUGUCAAGGAGGUUUUGACCAACCAAUUUGGAUUGGACUAUUCAUAUAUUGGGACGAGGGAAACCGAUCAAAAGGCUGAUGAGGCCCCACGGCUACAAAUUUUUGAUCUUUGGACCCCAGAUAAUCAUUAUAGGUGGUCAGUUUCUAGAUAUGGUGGCCAUGUUUCAGCUAGUGUUGAACCAGUACCUCCUUCACGCCUUUUCCUUAGUGGUACGGAUGUUGGUGAAAUUGAAAAGCUGAGGUCCAGGAAAAAGGAACUGGAAGAGACCAUUGUUGGUCUAGAGGAGAGUUUUAAAACACUUCAGACUGAAGAAAGACAUUUGGAGGAUGAAACUGCUAAGCUUAUUAAACAGCGUGAGGAGAUUACUAACACUGUACAGCAUGAGAGGAGAAAACGCCGUGACAUUGAAAAUCGUAUAGUGCAAAGGAAGAAAAAACUAGAGUCUUUGGAGAAGGAAGACAACCUAGAGGCAAAUAUGAAAAAGCUCAUUGAUCAAGCUGCAAUGUUAAAUAUGCAAAGGUUCAAAACUGCUAUUGAAAUGAAGAAUUUAUUGAUUGAAGCUGUUUCCUUGAAACGGAACUUCACCGAAAAGCACUUGUCAUCCAUUGAGCUUGACAGAAAGAUAAAGGAACUGGAAGUCAACUUCAAGCAACAAGAAAAGCUUGCUAUGCAAGCAUCUCUGCACCUUGAAUACUGUAAGAAGGAGUCAGAGAAUUGCAGACAGCAGCUAGUUGCUGCCAAAAGGCAUGCAGAAUCAAUUGCCUUGAUCACACCAGAACUUGAACAGGCAUUUCUUGAGAUGCCUGGUACUAUUGAGGAAUUGGAAGCUGCUAUUCAGGACAAUAUUUCUCAAGCCAAUUCUAUUCUUUUUCUAAACCAGAAUAUUUUGGAAGAAUAUGAAACCCGUCAGCAUAAGAUUGAAGCCAUGGCUAUGAAAUUGGAUGCUGAUAACAAGGAACUAAAGAGGUGCUUGGCUGAAAUUGAUUCUCUGAAGGAAAGCUGGCUUCCAAAUCUAAGAAACCUUGUUUGCCACAUAAAUCAGACGUUCAGUCGCAACUUUCAAGAAAUGGCUGUUGCAGGAGAAGUUUCUUUGGAUGAACAUGACACGGACUUUGACAAAUAUGGUAUACUUAUAAAAGUGAAAUUUAGGCAAACAGGACAACUGAAAGUGCUGAGUGCUCACCAUCAGUCUGGGGGGGAACGCUCUGUUUCUACCAUUCUCUAUCUGGUUUCACUACAAGAUCUUACUAACUGCCCAUUUCGUGUGGUUGAUGAGAUAAACCAAGGAAUGGAUCCUAUAAAUGAAAGGAAAAUGUUCCAGCAACUAGUCAGGGCAGCCAGCCAACCAAAUACACCACAAUGCUUUUUACUUACCCCAAAGCUGCUGCCAGACCUGGAAUAUGGUGAAUCAUGUAGUAUUCUGAAUAUUAUGAAUGGACCUUGGAUUGAAGAGCCUUCCCAAGCCUGGAGUAAUGGAGGAUGUUGGAGAACAAUCAUGGGCUUGGUUGGUGAGUGUUAAUGUUGGAGUUUCAGAGGGUGAAAGAAGUGCUAAUGAGAACCACCAAAGCCCAAUUAGCUGAAACUAACGUGGUGGGAAGUUUAUGUACCCUGUGACAAGAAUGGUAGUUUUUUUCUCCUUUUUUUUUGUAAAUAAGUUCAGUUUCGGUAUUUUUUUUUCUUUGAUUUAAAUUGGUUGGAACAUUAGGUUUAUUUUUCAAGUAUACUGUAUAGGGUGCAAACCGUGCAAUUCACUAAUCCUGAUUUGUGCCCUACUAACUUAAUUCAAGCACUUGUUUUCCCUGGCUUAAAUGAAAUAGCUCUGUUACAUUCAA